CGGCCACUAGCACCAGAGUUAGCAGACUUGAAUCUCUUAUAAGUUUCGAUUCCCGCCCCCUACAGCAGACGAUGCGAGUCUGUUACUGAUUCUAGCAAAGGAGAGCGCUCGUGUGCAUUUCUAUUUUAAGCCACGUUGAAUUUCUGAAUGAUUUUAGAAGUUUGUUUACAUUUUCGUUUGAAUGCUAAUCUUUUAAGCACAAAUAGAUUCCAUGGAUAUAUGAGGAUUGCUUUAUAAUUUAGCUUUUCAGGCAGUGCAAGGGAGUGUCUUAUAAUAAAUAAAGCCGACAUUAUGUACAAAGUGACGCCUAUGAAUGUAAUGUUGGCCUGGCUAAGUGCUCUCUUUAUCUCACCAAUCUGCGUGGGGUAUGAAGUCCAACGAACUAAAGCAGUGUCCGAAGUGCUUGACCACCUCCUGGACGGCUACAGGAAAGAAGUUAGACCAGGCAUUGGAGGUGAAAGAGUCGUGAUCGAUACUGAUAUCCUCAUUAAAAGUAUGGGACCCAUCAAAGAAACAGACAUGUCGUACAGCAUGCAGGUGUACUUUAGACAGCGCUGGAAAGAUGACCGUCUGUCCUUCUACCUCCCCAACAUCACCAGCUUCACCCUCAGCAACAAGUUCAUCAACAACAUCUGGAAACCCAACAGCUACUUCAUCAACGGCCGUAGGAGCAAGCAGCACAACCUGACGGUGCCCAACGCCUUCAUCCGGCUCCGCUACGACGGCAGCAUCUACAUGUCCGUCAGGCUGACUGUAAAUGCUCGCUGCCCAAUGGUCCUGUCCCGUUAUCCGAUGGACAGGGUGGUCUGUCCACUGUAUAUUGGCAGCUUUGGUUACACCACACGCGACCUGGUCUACAGGUGGGAGAACCAGGUGGACAUUGACCCAGGUGUCACACUGUCUCAGUUUGAACUGGGGCGUAUAGAACAACAAAACAUUACCAGAAAGGGGCGUUACGGAGAUUUGUCCAUAUUACAAGUGUAUAUCCACAUGAGUAGAGCGGUUGGAUUUUUUAUCAUUCAGACUUACGUCCCUUGUUAUUUGAUCGUCUGCUUGUCGUGGGUCUCGUUCUGGAUCAACAGAGAUGGCGCUCAGGCACGAGUUGUCUUAGGUGUCACCACGAUUCUCACCACGUCUGCCAUCGGCAUUACGGUGAGGGAGGGACUGCCCAGGGUGCCGUACCCCACAGCCCUGGACGUGUUUCUGAUCAUGUGUAUCGUGUACCAGAUGGCCGCCUUCAUCGAGUACGCCGCUGUCAAUUACUUCACCAAGCUGAUGCCCCUGGAAGGGGGCGCCGACGACGAUGACGAUGAGGCCGACAACUUGAUAAAGCCAGGCAGUAAGCGGAAACUGGUCAGCGUGGAUGAAGAAAAACCGGAACAAGAGAGUCAGACCUUGAUUCACUCUUACGCCAGGAGGUUGGAGGAGAAAUACGCCCAGAAAUGGGCCGCGAAGAUUCAAAACUGCAGCGAUUUCCUGUACACUUUCUUGCAAUGCAUUGUGGGAAGUGCUGACUACAGACAACAGCGAACGGAGUUGGCCGACCCCGAAGCAGGCAACAGCGUGAGCGCGAUAGACAUGGUGUCCCGCGUGGUGUUUCCUGUGACCUUUGGCCUUGUGAACCUGUGCUACUGGCUGAUUUACUUUCACUUGGACAUGAGCUGAGUUCCCUGAAAUGACCAGUGCGAUGGAAGCUGAGUUCCCUGAAAUGACCAGUGCGAUGGAAGCCGAGUUUUCUGAAAGAAGGAUUUAAGAAGAAAAAAAAAAGGAUCACCGAAAAGUUAUGAUUUUGAAUAAGUAUUUCUAAAAAUAGAAAAAUGUUGUUUUCUUAAAAUUUUGGACAAUGUCUUUUUAGUUUUAAAUCUUGUACAUAUAUAUGUAUGUGUUUGCGCGUUGGAGAGAGAUAAAGAGAGAAAGAUUGAAAGAGAGAGAAAGAGAGAGAGAAAGCAAUAGAGAAAGAGAGAGAAAAAGAAGAGAGAGAGAUGAAGAUAAAGAGAUAGACAGAAUAAGACAGAAAGAAAUGGG